AUUUGUUUAAAAAAGUUCAACCUGGGUAGUCCAUAUAUAAAUCAUAUGCCCACGGGCUCGGAAAGCCCGCUUGCUUUAGCUAACGAUAUCGCUUCUACUACACAAAUUGCUUCACCUUUAUCUUCCGGCUCUUCAAAAGCAGCAACAGCUAAUAAACCAUUUCAUUUAUCACAAAAUUCCGCUUUUAAUUUAGCCUUACGCACCUCAACAACAUUUAACGCUUUUCAAGCUGCCGUAGCCGCCGGUAUUAACGGUUUUUCAUCGCCUUUACAAACGCCGCCGGUACAAUCACCUCUUAGUUUAUAUACACGUUUCAGCGAACGUUGUGAAGAAAGUUCGGAUUAUAGUUCCAUUUCGGCCAUUAACAAUAAUACGGAUAACGAUAACAUGGAUUUGAUAAAUCCCUAUAUGAGACAUCAUACAUUUGCUGCGGCAGCGGCACAACAAAAUAAUACAGCGUCAGUAAAUUUACUUAAUCGCAGUCCGCCUCUGCAUCAUCAUCAGAAUCAUAUAGGUAAUGGGUUUCCAGAUCCCUCACAAAUGGAUUAUCAAAAUCAAUUAUUGGAUUAUCAUAGUGCGGCCGCAGCAGCAGCCUAUGCGGCCAACAAUAACAAUCAUUUAACGGGACCCUUAAUGCUUUUGAAAAAUAACAAUAAUAACAAUAAUAUGGAUAAAAUGAAUUCUGUUUGCAAAUCGCCUAGAUCGGUAGAUGACUCCUCUACACCGCCACCUUUACUCUCGAGUCAUGAGAAUAAUAAUACAAAUAUUUCACAAACCUCAUCCCGCCUACAGUCUGAAUCACCCGAUAAUUGUCAUAGUACUUUAAAUCAAAGAUCACGCUAUGACAAUAAUUCUAGUCCCGGUGUAGAUAGUUCAAAAUCAUUUUCCGUUAGCCAGCGUUCUAGUGAAGAAGCCGGCAAUAAUAGUGAAUCAAGUCCUCCGCCCUCUGACUAUAGUCCCGAAAAUCUUUCAAGUCGUAAAUUUACUUCUUCCAAUACGGGCCAUCCAUUGGGUAUACACAACAAUAAUAAUAUAGGUUUGGAUCAUAAAUUACCUUUGAGUUUCUUGGGUCCUCCCCUGGCGGCCUUACAUUCCAUGACCGAAAUGAAAACUGGUAAUGGGUCGGGUAAUGCAGCUUUAAAUGGUUCUUAUGGUGGUCAACAAAAUUCCCAUAUGAUUGGUGAGAAUCGUUCGAAUUCUUCUUCGGGUUCAAAUGCGUGCACGACUAAUACACAAACACAGGGCACCGCAAAUCCUCAUGGUAUUGAUACGAUUUUAUCGAAACCACCACCAGUUACAUCGGCGGGAUUAAGUGCUUUAACGGGAGGCGGCAUACCACGAUUUUCCAUAGCGGCAGCAGCAGCGGGCAUGGCCCAAUAUUUGUCACAAAAUCAAGGUACCCCCUUAAAAACACAUGCCGGUCAUAUGGUUGAUCGCACACAUUUAUAUUGGCCCGGACUGCAAGGUCUGGUGGCAAAUCCAAUGGCGUGGCGAGAACGUUUAUCAAAUACAAUGACCGCCAAUCUAUCACAAUCACACCAGCAUCAUUCAUCCAAUGAUAAGGAUGGUAAGAAAAAACACACCCGCCCAACAUUUAGUGGUCAACAGAUCUUUGCCUUGGAAAAAACCUUCGAACAGACCAAAUAUCUGGCUGGACCAGAAAGAGCUAAACUAGCGUAUGCCUUAGGAAUGACUGAAUCACAAGUUAAGGUUUGGUUUCAAAAUCGCCGCACCAAAUGGCGUAAACGUCAUGCUGCUGAAAUGGCCACCGCUAAACGUAAACAGGAUGAUAUGGGUGGCGACAAUGGUGACGAUUGCAGUGAACCCAUGGAUAGUGAUAAUGAAAGUCUGGAUAUUGGUGAAAAUCCAGUGCAAAGAAAACGUAAUCGUAUGGAGGAUAAUUAUAGACAUUAAUUAAGUUUAAAGGG